GUAUGGAUAAAGAGGAGAAAUAAGAGCACGCGCACUGACAGCGCGUGAGCUUCUGUUCCACCGUGACGCGUGGCACAAGAGUAGCCCGUCUCUGCCCUGUCUCUACCAGUCCAGGCCUCGCCUCGGAACGCCGCUGAACCGAAUGACGAGCACUUCCUGCAACUUCGCUGUUAUGGGGACAAGCCAGGGCGUCGAACAGCAGCAGCAGCUGCAACACAGCAACCAGAUUGGCAGCACAGUAGAUGGAGCUCAUCGAGCACAUAGCCAUAAACGUGAAGACACGGGCUACCGGAUGAAUACCGGCAACGGCGUCUGCAACUUCGGCGCAGCGCGGUCUGCUACUGUGCUGGUCUUCUGUGUAACGCCGCCUUCGAUCACUGGCUUUCCUGGGCUGCCGUUUCCAUCUUGCCUACGGCGCCAUUUCGUAGACGAAAGUGGCAGUUUCUUCGGCACUGUCUACUGUCCAGAGCUCGGCGACUGUACGAACUCGGCUUCCAAGGCAAAUCAACUCGGCGCGAUUACGACAUCAGCGUCGUCCUGCGCACGAAAUAUGCUCGAUUCCGGAUGCAGUGCCCGGGGCAGCGAGCUCUCAGCCCGAGAGACCGGAGAGUUCUCAACGGAUGAAACGCAUGCUGGCUGUGAUAACGACAAUAUCGAUGCACUGCUGUGCGCGAAGGACGCAAAGAAGCACUGCAACGCACUGCUGGACCCUCUGGUCGUCGAGCAUGGUUUGUGGGAAGACCUCCAGGGCGCCCAUUGCGAGCGUACGGUAGCAGCCUACGGAACAGUGUCCGUAAACAGGUCUCCCACGGCCCAUGCCAUCUUUGUUGGCCGCGCUGUAGAGGUGGUGAACUUCUACAACCACUGAACGGCAGCUGCGACUUCCUCGGCGGUUGCAGCAUCGAUGCGACCUCAUACCGUCUGCCAAAUGCGCAAACGUUGAUUGGCCGAAGGAAGCCGGCUAGCGAAGAUAUUUCAGGCCCUCAACCACGGCGCGGCUUAUCUUGCGGACGCUUCUGAAACUUAAAUCGGUGGCCUAGAGGCCCCGCGCCUCUCUCGUAAAUAUUAUAGUUGUGGUAGUAAUGAAUAAUGUUAUAUAAACAAAUAAAUUAUAUUGUUUGCGCGCGUAA